AUGAAGAGAAUGAGGUCCCUGGACAUGGUAAUGGCUGGAAUCUCCCCUGCUGACCUUGGCUGCCCAGAUGGCAAGUUGGGAAGGGACACUGCAGUCCAGAAAGGCCAAGACAACAAGAUACAAGUGGACAGUUUAACAUUGUCCUCCUGCAACACUGACUUUGCCUUCAGCCUCUACAAGGAGCUGGUUUUGAAGAAUCCAGAUAAAAAUAUUGUCUUCUCCUCAUUCAGCAUCUCCACUGCCUUAGCCCUCCUGUCCCUGGGAGCAAAGAACAACACCCUGAAGGAAAUUCUAGAAGGUCUCAAGUUCAAUCUCACAGAGACCCCUGAGGCAGAGAUCCACCAGGGCUAUGAGCACCUCCUACAGAGGCUCAGUCUGCCAGGGGACCAGGUACAGAUCAGCACAGGCAGUGCCCUGUUUAUUAAAAAACACCUGCAGAUCCUGUCAGAAUUCCAGGAGAAGGCAAGGGCUCUGUACCAGGCUGAGGCCUUCAUAGCUGACUUCCAGCAGCCUCAUGAGGCCAAAAAGCUCAUCAAUGACUAUGUGAGGAAACAGACCCAGGGGAAGAUCAAGGAACUGAUCUCAGUCCUAGAAAAGAAGACAUCUAUGGUGCUUGUGAAUUACAUUUACUUUAAAGGCAAAUGGAAGAUGCCCUUUGACCCCCGUGACACAUUUCAGUCUGAGUUCUACUUGGAUGAGAAGAAGUCUGUGAAGGUGCCCAUGAUGAAAAUUGAGGAACUGACCACACCCUACUUCCGGGAUGAGGAGCUCUCCUGCUCUGUGGUGGAGCUGAAGUAUACAGGAAAUGCCAGCGCCCUGUUUAUCCUCCCUGACCAGGGCAGAAUGCAGCAGGUUGAAGCCAGCUUGCAACCAGAGACCCUGAGGAGGUGGAAGGACUCUCUGAGGCCCAGGAGGAUAGAUGAGUUGCGCAUGCCCAAAUUCUCCAUCUCCACUGACAUGAGGCUGGGGGAUAUCCUUCCAGAGCUGGGCAUUAGGGAAGUCUUCUCCCAGCAAGCUGAUCUGAGUAGGAUUACAGGGUCCAAGGACCUGAGUGUCUCUCAGGUAGUCCACAAGGCUGUGCUGGAUGUGACUGAGACAGGCACAGAAGCAGCUGCUGCUACUGGAUUCAAAAUAAUCCCACUGUGUGCAAAAUUCUACUAUGUGACAAUGUAUUUCAACAGGCCAUUCCUGAUGAUUAUUUCUGACACAAAUACUCAUAUUGCCCUCUUUAUGGCUAAAGUUACAAAUCCCAAGGAAGACUAG